AUGGCUUCCUACCACCUAAUAAUCUUCCUAUCUUUCAUUAUAACUCUAUAUUCCUUUAAAUCCACAAACUCCCUCAAGUUCUCUGUCACCAACUCCGCCGUAAACACCACGGGCGGCAUCCGUUUCGACCUUGAAAUCGGAACUUCCACCGCAGAGAAUACUCUAAAAACAACCACCGAUUUCAUUUUCAAAAUCUUCCAACAAUUCAAAGACGCCGACCGAAAGACCGUACACAACAUCCGUCUCUUCAUCGAUGCCAAAUACGACGCAGUUUCCUACACUUCCGGCACCGACAUCUUCAUUGCCGCUAACCACAUUGCUACGUAUUCCGGCGACCUGAGGAAUGAGGUCGCCGGAAUUUUGUACCAGCAGCUGACCCACGUGUGGCAGUGGGCUGGUAACGGUGAGGCGCCAGCUGGGCUUAUAGAAGGGGUGGCGGAAUUCGUUAGGCUGAAAUCUGGUUUUGUCUCCGGCGAGUGGGCGGCAGCGGGAGAUGGUGAUCGGUGGGAUGAGGGCCACGGCGGGGUGACGGCGAGGUUUCUGGAGUAUUUGGAGGGGUUGGGGAGUGGGUUUGUGGCGGAGCUUAACCGGAAAAUGAGAAAUGGCUACAGUAAAGAUUACUUUGUGGAGCUGAUGGCGGCAACGGCCGACGAGCUUUGGGCGGAGUACAAGGCGGAGUACGGCAAAAUGAUUAAUACUAAUUAG